UUGGUAGCCAUAUGCUUAUGUUCGCUAUGUUCGACGGAGACAAAGGAUGUUGCUCUUCCAGCACAAAUUGAUGUCAAAGAUCACGACUUUGCGGAAGACAUCGCCAAAGGGCCUUACAAGCAGCAUAAAGCCAACCAAUUAGUCACUUUGGUACACUUGUUAGAGGACACGCUAUCUCAGAUGCUGUCUAAGCACAAAUACAUGAAAAUGGACAUAUUGUCUGUCCACAAGGAUUACAUGGGCAAAGGUUUGGGCAAAGAGCUAAAUCGACGAGCCAUGCAGACUGCGCAAGCCGAGGGAUGUGAAUACAUAGCGACUGCUGCGACUGCAGCUGGUUCGCAAGCGAUUUUCACCAAGUCCGGUUGGAAGAUUCUCUACGAGGUUCCCUAUCCAAGCUAUUGCGAAAAUGGCAAUCCAGUGUUUCAAAAUCUCCACGACGGUUGUCAGAGUGCGAAGGCCAUGGCCGCAAAGUUGUACUAA